GUUACGCCAUGUGGUCGUAUGUUUUUACAAAGUUUCAACAUUUCAACUUGAAUGUGCAGAAGUUGAAUUCAGGAAUUGAGAAUAAUAUUUUAAGUGUUUGAUGAUAAACACAAGCAGACGACAUUGAAGUAAAAGGAGAUACAUUUUUAAAUUUAAAGUAAUCUUUGUUUCAACGUAUGCUUAGUUAUACUUUGUACUUCAAAAUGUUUUGUAUAUUUUAUAAAUAUGUGAAAAUCUCAUUGUAAUAGUUACGUGAAUUUUGAACCAGUUUUGGAACGUCUAGGUUAGAAUAUCAAUUUAGUUUAUUUUAUCCCAUUUGAAGUGUUUAUUACGGAAUAAUAAUUGCAUUGGCUAAACACAAUUUCCCUAUUGAGUUGUAGUGAUAAAUGGCGUUGGUUCAAGAUAUAGAUAUGACAAUUUUAACUAGAUCUCUUAAAUUACUCCAUUCACCAGAUGAAGAGUCAGCAGAACAACUAAGACUUAUCAUGGAAGAAACCAUUAAGAACAAAUAUGGGAAUAGGAAGCCCAUAAAUUUGUUAGGUUUGGGAUUAAAUAAGAAGUCCACAAAUGUAGAUGAUGCCGUCAGAGGCAAAAGAAUAAAGUUAGAUGAUGGUGAUAACAACUCUCCAUUGUACCUGGGUCCAGUAGAUGAGUCUCAGACUUCUGACUCUGACAGUGAUGAUGGAGUGGCUCUGGAGAUCUUAGAUGAUGACUUAGCAUGUGUGGUUUGUCGUGGGAUGGCUGUAGGUGCUGGCAACAACCUGGUGGAGUGUUUGGAGUGCCAUUCUCUCUACCAUCAGGAGUGCCAUAACCCUCCCAUCACUCAGGAUGUCAACGACCCUCGGUUUGUCUGGUACUGCGCCAAUUGCACCAAAACGUUAAACAAAGUGGGUACUUCUAACAGUUCUAAGGGAUCACCAAGCAAUACCAGUCAAUCGAGCACCAAGUCAGUGAAGUCUAGCUCCAAAAGUUCUUCUUCCAGCAGUAAGUCUUUCAGUGCUUUCUCCAGCUCCAGUAAACCUGCCACAAGCUCCUCCAGCAGCAAGCACAGUAGCACCAGCAGUGGACACUCCGUCUCCAAGAGUAACACUGUUCCUGUACCAAAAAUCAAUAUAACAGCUGAUAAAAGACUUCAAAUCAUGAAAAAGAAUGCAGCAAAAAAACAAGAGAAGAGAAAGCUAACAAAAUAAUAAGUUUACUACAAUCAACAUUGUACAGUAUAAUAAUUAAGAACAGUAUUAGGUAUUGUUAUUAUAAGUAUAAAUAGUCUUUGAUAUCAGUAAGACUUGUAAUAAAAUGUAACAUCAUGGUCUGAAUUAGUGUUCUUUCUAAAAAAAAUAUUACUAUUCUUAACCCAAAGUUUGAAUCUUGAGUUUAGCUCCAGUUCACCUUCCUCUUAAUGCAGUGUGUGUAAACUAAUGCUGUCACAGACUUGACUCCUGGAAUCUGGAGUCAUGUUCGUCCGAAGGGAUCCAAAAAAUGUUGGUGACAAAGAACGUUUUUGAUUAUAUUUUAGAUCAUUGUAAGAGAUGAUAUAACAGCAAUAUAAACUAAUGUAUUACUAUGUAAUAUAACAUCUUGUCUUCAUCUACUUUAUUACUAUUCUAUUUUUGGUUUGUAAUAACUUGAAUGUGUUGUUUCUGAUACAUAAAUAAAGAAAAAAGCUAACUUGUGUGACAAAAAAUAAAUUGAGAUGCAGGCA